AUGGCUGCAGACGGCCGGCCAUCGCGUUCGUUAGAGUCAUUCGCGAAUACCCCCCGCGAGAUCCCUAUAGAUGAAGAGUUCAGUAUCUAUAAUGAGACCCUCCAAUCGGAUACCACUUCCCUCACCUCGUCCAUCCUGCAUUACGAGUAUGAGAACGGACGGCGAUAUCAUAGAUAUGGCCAGAUACGUACGAUAUACUGGGAACCUUUCACCGAGCAGGAUCGCCUUGACUUGGUAUGUCGUCAUUUCCCCUCGGCCAAGGUUAUUGGAAACGAUCUGAGUCCCAUCCAGCCUUCGUGGGUCCCUCCGAACGUCGAAUUCGUCAUUGAUGAUUUUGAAAACGAGUGGAUGCACCGUCGGAACUUCUUUGAUUUCGUACAUGCUCGCACGAUUUCAGGGUGUGUUCGAAAUUGGGGUCGUCUAAUGGAGCAGGCAUACGACCAUCUGAAGCCAGGUGGAUAUUUGGAAUGUGCCGAGUUUGCUAUAGACGCCUACAGCGAUGACGGAUCAUUCAAACAGGACUCUCCCUACCGAGAAUAUAUCGACAACAUCAACAAAGCCGGCGAGAUCACUGGAAGACCGAUGAACGUGGCUCCGCUUUUGCAGACUUGGAUGAACAAUGCCGGGUUCGAAGAUGUAACGGAGAGGGUCUACGUGCUGCCGUAUGGACCAUGGCCAAAGGACCCGAAGCUUAAGGAGAUUGGGAGAUGGCAGUAUGUGCAAGCUCCAGAGGGCGUGGAGGCUUAUGGGCUGCGGUUGUACACACAGGUGCUAGGGUGGCCAGAAUCUGAGGCCAAACUGCAUCAGGCUCUUGUGAAGCAGCAGCUUCGUAAUAAAGCUUUGCAUAUCUAUGGAAAGAUGUACGUUGUGUACGGCAGAAAGCCUGGGGUAGUAUAA